UUGAAAUAGAGAGAGCCCGUGGUGGUCGCCCCUGCUGUUGUGUGUGUGGAGGAAGGUACCGAUAAGCUCGUCUCUAAAAAGAAAAAAAGAAGAAUAUAUGUGCUGAAAGGAGUUUGCUGUUCUGUUUUUACUUAAAACUGGUCUUCAGAUAAAGACCAUCAUGGACACGGCUGUGCUGAGUCUCCAGAGCUUAUAUGAUAAGCUGAGGACUCAAGUUGACCUUCUCAAUGAGAACAUUGAACCCAACUUCAUCCAGAUGGCACAAAACUUUGAUGACUGCCGUCGCAGAUGGCUGAGGACAGAGCAUGAGCUGGGCUCCUGCAAAGAGGGGCUCACCAAAGCGGAGACGGAGAGGGGAGCCCUGGAGGUCAAGCUGAAACACGCCCGCAACCAAGUGGACGUGGAGAUCAGACGGAGACAGAAGGCCGAGGCUGACUGCGAGAAGCUGGAUCGUCAGAUUCAGUUGAUCCGGGACCUCCUGACCAGCGAGGGAUCCAGUAACAGCAUCAAGCUGAGUGCAGAGCAGCGCUCCGCUUUGGCCUUCCUGAACACAAACUGCCAGCCGGCUGCCAACCUGAACACCAGCAGAAGACUGACGAGGAUAGACGAGUCCGCCUCCAUUUUGUCAGACAUCAGCUACGACAAAACCGACGACUCUCUCGAUUGGGACUCCUCUAAUGUGAGGACAGUGCGACUCAAGAAAAGAGAGAAAAGGCGCUCCUCAAGAAACCAUGUCGACGGCCCUCCAAUGAUGUCCAAACGCUCUCGAUCAACAGGCAGAACGUCAGAGAGGGGAAAUGAGGCCCUGGUGACCAAAACCACCGUGACUGUCCCUCCAAAUGGAGGACCUGUUGAGGCCAUUUCUACCAUCGAGACUGUUCCUUACUGGACUCGCAGCAGGAGAAAGACUGCUGUCAUGGAGUGGGACUCUGAAUCUGUCCAGUCUGAGGACGUGUUCAAGCAGCCUGUCAACCCUGAAGGAGAGAUGAAAGCACAGCCCAGCACUCCACAGAGCCACGGGAGCGUCCGCCAUCACGACUUUGUCUCUAAAACUGUCAUAAAGCCCGAGUCGUGCGUGCCCUGCGGAAAGAGGAUCAAGUUCGGGAAGCUUUCCCUGAAGUGCAGAGACUGCAGGGUGGUCUCACACACCGAGUGUCGCGACCGUUGCCCCCUGCCGUGCAUCCCCAACCUGGGUGCAACUCCAGUCAAAAUUGGGGAGGGUGUGCUUGCGGACUACGUCCCUGAGAUGUCCCCCAUGAUCCCUCCUCUUGUAGUCCACUGUAUCAGCGAGAUCGAGCAGAGAGGCCUGCAUGAGGCUGGACUGUACCGUCUCUCUGGCGCUGACCGCACAGUGAAGGAGCUGAAGGAGAAGUUCCUUCGCAGCAAAACGGUUCCUUUGCUCAGCAAGGUGGACGAUAUCAACGCCAUCACCGGCCUGCUGAAGGACUUCCUGAGGAACUUGAAGGAGCCUCUGCUCACCUUCCGCCUCAACCGUCCUUUCAUGGACGCAGCAGAGGUUUCCGACGACGACAACAGCAUCGCUCUGAUGUACCAAACCAUCGGUGACCUGCCGCUGGCCAACAGAGACACGCUGGCUUUCUUGGUGCUUCACCUGCAGAGAGUUGCGGACAGUUUGGACACGAGGAUGGACAUCAGUAACUUGGCCCGAGUGUUUGGUCCAACCAUCGUGGGUCAUGCAGUUCCCAACCCAGACCCCAUGACAAUCCUGCAGGAUACCAAAAGACAACCUAAGGUCGUGGAGCGUCUGCUGGCUCUGCCGGCGAAUUACUGGGGUCAGUUUGUGAUGGCGGAAACCGAGCAGCCCAACUUGGAUCACCUGAUCAUCGAGAACGCCAACUGCUACGCCACACCUGAUAGAAUGAGCAUGCUGGGACCUCUGACCACUCCAGAGCACCAGUUCAAUAAAACCCCCUCCUCCAGCUCCUUGUCUCAGCGCAUGAAGUCCAGUCUGACCCCAAGAUUCGGGAGCAAGAGCAAAUCGGCAGUGGGAUUCAAUCGCCAGGGAAAGUUCUUUGCAUCUCCUCUCCUGAAAUAACCCCGAACGCAGCUGAACCCUAACCCUCCAUUCGCACACUGCAAUAACCACCAUGCAACCAUUAAUGCAUAACCUGGUACUGCUUUGAUAACGACUAAUAUUAAGGGUUUUAUAGCCCUCUUACUUAUAAGUGUAAUAUUUCACAAUCCAAAGGGUUGCCUUUUGCUGAUUUUAUGUGUUUGUGGAAGGAUUUUUUUAACCAAAUAGUAGUUUUUCUAUAUCUAUGCACAUCUGUGUGUCUGUAGAGCUUUUCCUUAUUCUUAUUUUGCCUCAAAACAAAUGAGAAUGUACUUAAUUGUAGUUGUUUUUUUUUAUGUGUGCAUAGGUUGAAAUAUGUAGUUUUAUUGUGACCAGCUUUUACAUUUAAUCAUUUCCUUUUGCAGUUUUUCAACUCAUGUGUCACUCAGAAGUUGAAGAAUUGAUUCUAAGGCAUUUCAUUUGAAGGGUGUAACUGAGUGUGUGACUGUGCGUAACAUAAUCAUUCUAGUUUUGAUGUUUGUUGUUCACUUCCAUUGAGUUUUCAUCGUCUCUAUCCCCCCCCCUGUGAAUUGUGAUGUAAAUAUUUAAAUUGCUCAGGCCCCUCUUCUUGGCAGAAUGCCUCUGUAGUACUGAUUUGGGGUUUUAUCAUGGUAACAACACCAUUAGGCAAACAUUUUUAUUGGCAAGAUCUUCUCAAUCAUUUGCAAGACUAACUGAGAUGAAUGCUUUUUGCAAAAAAAAAAAAAAAAGUUGAGAAGAGGACCAGAAUUUGCAAAUCUUUACGAUCCUUAUGCUUCCAGUGUAUCUCCGCUCUGCUCUGCCAGUGAUCAUUAGGAGAAUUAUUCACUGCUUUAUGUGUCGGGCUGUUAUCUCUGGAGGAGCACAGCGAUCUCACAAUGUUUAUUUCUCUGUAAUGUUUGUACUUUUGGAAAGCUCCUUGUGAGUAAUGGCAAUUAAACUGUAUAAUUUGGCCAGUUCAGUUACUGCUGCAUGAUUUGAUGGCAUUUAGCAUACUUUUUAUACACACUUUAUAAGUCUUGUAAAUUAUAAAAUACAUUUCCAACCUCUA